AUGACUCAGCGAACCCUCGUGCUCAUAUCUGGCAACGGCUCUACUCAAGUACCGUACCGGUAAUCUCCAGGCCUUGAUCGAUGCCUCCAGAGCAGAUCUCCCCGCCCUCGAUGCCUCGAUAAUCUACGUCAUUUCGAACAAAAAAGCAGCCUACGGUCUGAAGCGGGCAGCUGACACCGGCAUCUUAUCAACAUAUCACAACCUUCUUGCUUACAAAAAUAAAAAUCACAACAAUCCUCAAGAAGCCCGAGAGGCUUACGAUGCCGACCUUGCCAAGCUGAUCCUGUCCCAGACCCCCGAUCUGGUGGUCUGUGCUGGUUGGAUGCACAUUCUUUCCCCCACAGCCCUCGAACCCCUGGAAGAGGCUGGCGUCGACAUCAUAAACCUCCAUCCUGCUCUACCGGGACAAUUCGAUGGCGCAAACGCAAUCGAACGAGCCUACGAAGCGUUUCAGAGGGGGGAAAUCACAAAGACUGGUAUCAUGAUUCACUAUGUUAUCGCUGACGUGGAUAAGGGAACACCGAUCGUCGUGAGGGAGGGAGAUUGAGAUAAUUAAAGGGGAGAGUCUGGAGGAUCUAGAGAGCAGGAUACAUGCUGUUGAGCAUGUUGAGAUUGUGAACGGUACAAGGGUGGCGUUGGAGGAGCGGGAGAAAAAUAGACAGACGAGCGAA